AUGGGUGCGACAGAUAGUAAACUUGCUUUUAAAAAAGGCGUAUUUCGUUUAUACGAAGAGAGGAAUGUACCUGUUGAUGCCGAUGAUUAUUGGACUUUGUUCUGGACUUUACCUGAAUCCGUCGACGACAUUUUCACCCUCAUUAGUGCAUCUGACAUAAGAAAGGCUCGCGAUGGAGCGAGGGAGAAUCUUGAAACUCUAAUUGAUAAGAUUUUAGACCAGAUGACACAAAUACUUAACUCAACGAUGACGCAAUCUAUUAACACGGCCAACGCAACAUCUAAUAACAAUCAGCUUUUAAAUUGCUGCCGCUUAUUGACUCGUAUCAUACCAUUUAUUUUCGAAAGCCCAGAGUGCACAGAGUGGGAAGAUCAAUUUUUUUGGACACCAAGGAUGCGCGACGAAAAGUCAGAUUAUAUACCAGCAACAGACACAGUAGACACAAACAAUAGAGAAAGCCAAAAUAACUCCAAGCCGCAGCGCAAUCAAAUCCGUGUGUUAUCUUCGAGAGGAGAGAUACUAAUAAAAUUGACAUUACAAGCAUUAUUCUUCGCUGGUUUUACAUUGCCACAGUCCAUAGGCACAGCAGAAUCUAAUGUAAACUACGUCAUUUGGGAAACGGGUGUAGGGUCUUCCACACCUAUAGGCUCAUCGAGAGAAAACGAUGUGAAUCGGACAGAAGUACUCCGUCUUCUCAUUGUUCUGUUAUCGAAAUCUAUGUAUCAAACACCGCCCCAAGUACUCGUACAGCAGGAUCGUUGGUUGGAUUUCAUGGUGACAAAAGUUGAGAAAAAAGUAGUCUUGGCCUUUUUGUGCAGCAUGAUGAAUACAGCCUGUAAAUUCAAUCCUAUGGGUUGGACAGCCGUACCUUAUAACCACAUUGUCUAUACCGAUCCGAGAGAGCAAUUAGUAGCCGUUUGCUUGCGUGUUUUGUUAGUAGUUUUGGAUUAUAGGUCAUCGAAUACUAAGUACGAACUACUUGAUAAUAAUGGUGACGGUAGCAGUAGCGGUGUUGCUGCUAAAUCAGCUAAAGGAACCAUAACAGAUGAACAUUGGUCUCCAGAUACACAGCAAGGAAUUGCAAUGUGGAAGCAAAAUAAGUCACAGCAGUCAAUUGAGUUGUCAGAAAAUGCAUAUCGAUACUAUCUGUCAAAGUUGCAUCGUGCGCAGGAUUUCCAAUUCUUAAUCGAUGGCAUUUACAGAAUACUUAGUAAUCCGAUGCAGACUUUAAAUAGUUAUCUACCGGGGUCAUCAAAACGUGUGAGAUACCAUGUUGAGAUGAUGAUGCUAUGCUGGAAAUUACUUGAACUUAACAAUAGAUUCAGGAACUAUUUGAUAGAAACAGAAAGGGUAUUGGAUCUGAUGGUUGUUGCAUUAUAUUAUGCUAGUGAAAACAAACUGGAUCCAUCUCAAAUAGGUCUUGUAAGAAUGUGUGCAUUCAUAUUGCAAGAACUCUCUUCCAACCAAACAUUUAGCGUCAAGUUGAACGAAGCGUUCAUUGGACAUGCUUCACUUCCUACAAGUAUUAGAAUUCCGAACUUUGAGGGGACAUAUGCUGAUUAUCUUAUACUUUCUAUUUUCUCGUUGAUCGCCUCUUCCAGAGGCGUUUUAUCGACAUUAUAUCCAUCUUUUAUAAAGACGAUCACCAAUAUAUCACCUUAUUUAAAAAAUAUAUGCCAGCUUACUUGUAGUAAACUUAUUUCCUUAUUCAACUCCAUGUCGGCGCCAGGUUUCUUGUUAGCGGAUGAAUCGAAUCAUCAUUUAUGCGAAUAUUUAUUAGAAACUUUCAACAACAUCAUUCAUUUUCAGAGUGCAAACAACGUAUAUUUCAUCUACACAAUAUUACGAAACCAACAAAGAUUUCAAAAAUUAGCAGACUUCACAUUGGAAAACGCCUUGCUAGACAUAGAACGGGCACGCUUGAACAGGCUGUCUCUACAGCAACAACCUCACCACCAGGGACAACUGUCGUCAGACGACAACUUGUCUGAAAAGCAAAAAGGCAAGUUACCAGAGUGUGCUUUAUCAAGGGUAUCUAGUACAGCAAGUGUUACCUCGCAACAACAACUGCAGGAACAGCCAUCGUCACCAACUAAACCCCAACUCAGGUUAAUGCACAGACAAUCUAGCGUGAUGUCGGUAAAUUCAAUUACAAGUAACGCCCCACUUCCUGGGGCCAAGAAUGGUUUUAUACCAACGGAAGAAUGGGUUAGGAGUUGGCAUGCCUCACUUCCUCUCGAAACGAUAACAGCUAUUAUUUACCAGUUCGCACCUCGAAUUGAAGAGGAAAAGCUCACAAGGGAGCAAAUAUUCGACAUGAUAAGUUAUGCACCUAUGUCCGAAAUUUUACCAGCGGCUCAUCCUGUAAUAAUUCGUAAAUUCCAAUGGAUAGAACCUUUAGUUAUUUGGUUCAGAAGUAUGUUGUGGGGACAAACGUACGUAGCCUUUGUAUCGUAUUAUGGACCUUGGAAUAAUACCCAAGUCAGAUUGUUUCAUAUCAAGCAGCAAAAUCAACAGCAACAACAGCAGGCACAAAUGCCACAUCAACCAACCAAUAUACACCCAGCUACACUUCCCACUACUAAUGAUGAUAGCUCUAACAAUACGACAGUAGCUACCAUGACUUCUUCUUAG